AUGUCUGUGAUUUAUUACAAAUUUAAAGUAGCCAAAGAUUCAGAUUAUGAUGUGUUUACAUUUGAUGGCCCAGGAGCCACUGUAUUUGACUUGAAAGCUGAAAUCAUUCGAGCCAAGAGGCUGGGAAAGGGAACAGAUUUUGAUCUUGCUAUUUACAAUGCACAAACAGACGAAGAAUAUAAGGAUGACAACUUUAUGGUACCAAGAAAUACUUCCAUUAUCGUCAGACGACUACCAGCCUCACGACCGGGAAAAGGUACAGCACAGCGCUAUGUAAUAGGAGCAAUGGAUAAUAAGGGUCAAAGUGGUAUAAUAAAGAAUCCAACUGGAACACCAACAAAUCCAACAUCUACAUUUAUGUCAAAUCACAGAAAUUUGGUAUUAAAUAACACACAAAGAUCUCUUCCUCCUCAACAACAGCUUCAUCAACAACAACAACAGCAGCAGCAACAACAACAACCGCAGCAAAUGCAAAUGGAUUCAAUCAAUCCUCAAAAUGACGCACCCAAGGAUGAUUCUGAAGAGGCGCGUAUUCAAGCCAUGUUCCAACAAACAACAGAUCAAUGGGGAGUGAUGCAGGAAAGACUAGCAGAACAACAAUAUAUUCCGUAUAGUGCACGUGACCCUAGCAAACGUGCACGAUAUCCAGGUCAAAAUAAUGGCGAAAAUAAGGAUGGACAAAUGCCUCAGAGAGUACCACCUCCUAACUAUGUAUGCUAUCGAUGUGGACAAAAAGGCAAGUAUACAGUGCGUCAUUAUAUCAAUCAAUGUCCUACCAACGGCGACAAGGAAUAUGACAAGCAUCCUCGAAUCAAGCGCACCACAGGUAUCCCACGUAGUUUUCUAAAGGUCAUUGAAGAGCCGAAGAAUGCAGUGAAGGCAGGCACAGGAGGACUCAUGGUGACUUCGAAGGGAGAUAUUGUAGUUGCUCAAGCAGAUUCAACAGCAUGGGAUAAGCAUGUGGCCAAGGCAGCUACUACCAUUGGCCUUGGAUCAUCAUCAGCAGGCGAUUUGACAGACUGGUAUGAAUCAAUUCCUGCACCUGACCAUCUAAAAUGCACCAUCUGUCAAGGCCUCUUACGGGAUGCUAGUAUAACACCAUGCUGUGGUGCCAGUUUUUGUGAUGACUGUAUUCGAAUGGAUUGA